GACGGCCGAUGAUGUCAUCGGAGGAGGAGACCGAGUGUUUCGCCCUCUACGGAGCAACCACGGAAAGCAAGCAACAGCAACUCCUGAAGAAGCAGAAGCGCACCAGACAGCGCGUGGACGCCGGCGAGCCGCGCAACAGUUACUCGAGUAUACCGAACUUUAGCUCCCGGCCAUCCUUUCUCGGUGGUGGUCUAUACGGCUCGAUCUUCAGUGGUAGUGGGCCACCGUCGCACCCACCAUCGCAGCAACAACAGCAACAGUCACAGCAACACCACCAGUCGCAAUCGCAACAACAACAACAACAACAACUCCAGCAACAGGCUGGAGCGACUGGCAGUCAAAGUCAUUUAGGUACAGCUACGACGGGUCCUACAACCCAGCAGCAUUCCGCCCACGCGGCCUUCGGCUUCUUCGGGGCUCCGGGCUUCGGCCCCGCCAAGAUGCUGAACGAGUUAUUAGGAAGGCAGGUCAAACAGGCCAGUGACGCUGGCGGAUCACCGCCAGAGGGCGGUCACGGGAUGACCGGUGCCGGCAUGGAUCCCGCCUCGAAUUUGCAACCAGGCGCCGUGGUUAAUUGUGAUGAUCCCGCCACGGCCGACCUCACGCAGCACAUGUUACGCGACAUGCUUCUGCAGGGGCGCAAACUCUCCGCUCUCGGCGUGCAGGAGCAGCCGAAUAAUAACAACAGUAUACACAGUAAUAACAACAAUAAUACUACCGCGGAACUACUUAAAUCACAGCAUCAGCAAAGUCCCCAACAGCAUCAACAAAAUAGUGAUAGUGCGCGCAGUGGAACAGUGCAGAGUGGCGGGGAGGAGAGUGGUGAUGGUAAUAACGUCGUGAAUAGCGCGAAUCACAGUGAUCGUGAUACCGUGAUGCCGGGCGAUGCUGAGGACAGCGCUGAGGAUGCUGCCUCCGCGGCACGCGCGAUGGAGGAGGCCUUUGCCGAGGCCGGUAUGGAACCAGGAGCGAACUUGGACGGAUCGGAUUGUGAGCAAAGCCUGCCUCCUAGCCCAACGGCACCAAGGUCAGGCUCGGUCUCCGUUAAAGAAGAGAUACAAGAGUCGCUGAAUAUCAAACGUAGCCCCAGUCACUCUCCUUGUCCGAUCGUGCCAAAGACCGAGACGAACUCUCCAACGACAGAGAUUAAACGCGCUCGUGUGGAGAACAUCGUCAGCACGAUGCGCAGUAGUCCGGCGCUUCAGCCGGCAACGGUAAACGGUUGCAAGAAGCGCAAGCUCUAUCAACCUCAGCAACAGACAGUGCAUCACGUUCUCCAGCAUAGUGUCAAUGACACCAUGAUGGACGACGAAGACGAGAGCGAAGAGGAGGAGGACCCGACGACGAUCAGACAGAAACGGGAGGAGAAAGAUAAUUUGAAGAUACAAUUGAAAAUGUUACACGAGCAAUUGGCGGAAAUGCAGCAAAAGUAUAUGGAACUCUCCAGUAGAAUGGAGCCAGACACAAGUGAGAGUGGCGACGCGCCACCAAGUCCUCCUCAGCAUCCACCGCAACCGCCACCAAGACCGCCACGACCUCAUCCACCGCCGUACAACGGCCUCCCGGCCCUCCCACCUGAUCACCCUCACGCAGCAGCUGCUGCCAUGUAUCACAUGGGGCAUAAACUCUACUUUGAACAACAGCAUGCUGCCCUCGAGAGGAUGAAAAGAGAACAUCAAGAAGCGGCCGUGCGACAGCAGCAGCAGCAGCAACAGCAACAGCAGCAGCAGCAGCAGCAGCAGCAGCAGCAGCAGCAGCAGCAGCAGCAACAACAUCAACGACAAAGUUCGCCACCGCCACCAAGCCAAUCUCAGCAACAGAGCCAGAACAACACUGGACCUUCGACGCCGCAGACGCCGCAAAUGCAACCGGCCAGUACGCCCAUUCAACAUAAAGACUUCCAGGAAAGGUUAAGCGUCUUCAGAGGUGCCGCCGCAGCAGCCAGCUCGUCCGGUCCUCAUAUUACCGGUGCCGAUUUGGAAGGCCUGGCGGAUAUCUUGAAGACGGAAAUAACUUCUUCUUUAACCAAUUUGAUUGACAGCAUAGUAUCGAGGUUCGUGCAACAGAGGAGGUUUCUCGGUAAGCAAACCGAGGCAGCGCAGGCUGCUGCCGAGCAGCUCAAUAAGGACCUCCUUCUGGCGAGCCAAAUGCUCGAAAGAAAAUCGCCUAGGACGAAAGUAGUCGACCGAGGAGCUCCGCAACCACCCGGUGGCCCAAACGGGCCACGGGGGCCCCUCAACGGUGGGCCCCCUCCUCCACAACCCACGGGGUUUUCGCAAAUCGGGUCCAUAGGUGGUGUGCCCCAUGGCCCUCAUACUGGUCCCACGGAAAACAAUCUUAACCAAAUGAAUCAGCUGCCCUCGCACGCAAGGCCGAGCGUUGGAAUGUUUCAGACGCCAAAGCCGCCGACGAUAUACGCCAUGGCCUCCAUGCAGGCGCAGCAGCAACAGCAACACCAACAGCAACAUCAGCAACGCGAGCAGCAGCAAAGGGAGCAUCAACAACGCGACCAAUACUGCAAUAUGAGAGGCGACGAGAGAGAAAACAGGGACUCGGAACAAAACGAGGCCCUGUCACUUGUCAUGACGCCGAAGAAAAAACGUCAUAAGUACGCUUUACAGGUGACGGAUACGAGAAUUACUCCCAGAACGGUGUCCAGAAUCCUAGCGCAAGAGGGAAACGGAUCUCAAGGAGGUAGUGAUAGUCCCCCGCCUCCUCCACCGCCGAGACCCUACCACGCGCCACCACCGAUGCUGCCGGUGUCCCUGCCAACCAGCGUAGCGAUACCAAAUCCAAGCCUCCACGAGAGUCAAGUGUUCUCGCCCUAUUCGCCGUUUUUCAAUCCUCACGCGAGUCAUCCUGGUCAAGUACCACCUCCGGGGCCACAUCAUUUACCCGCGAGUCCUCCGGGUGGAGGUGUAGAACUCAGGGAUUCCCCUCCACUGCCCCAUCCGCCGGCUAUGCUGCAUCCAGCCUUGCUGGCGGCAGCCCAGCACGGCAGUCCGGACUACGGACACCUUAGGAUGGACAGCAACGACCGAGCUAGCGACUGCAAUUCCGGCGACAUCAGCUACGAUGGAAUUCAGCCUACAUCGUCGACGCUGACGCCGAUGCAUCUGAGGAAGGCGAAGCUGAUGUUCUUCUGGGUCAGGUACCCAUCCUCGGCCGUCCUUAAGAUGUACUUCCCCGACAUCAAGUUCAAUAAAAACAAUACAGCGCAGCUGGUCAAGUGGUUCUCCAACUUCCGGUGAGUAAUGUGUAAUUCUCAAUUUAUAGUAACAGCACAGCGAAUAUAGUCCUUCCAAACCGUACAUCGUUCUACGCGAGCAGUUUAUUUCUUGCGCAAAUAUUUCACCGUUCUUCCGCUCUAAAAAAUAUCGUGCAAAAAUCUUAAAAAAAUAUCUUGAAAACAAAAUGCGUUUGUAUAUACGAGAGAAAGGGAGAAGGAUUUUUAUAGUAGGAUUUUUAUACUUUGAUAUUUGAAUAAACGUAUUAAAGCGGGCUGAUGGAGAGCAAUUCUUAAAAAAUUUAAAUUAUUCAUCUACUAGAUUUAAAUCUUUAAAUUGAUUCGUGAAUUUUCGAUUAAUCGGAAUCUCACUUACAAAUCGAGAAUUAUUUUCGGUACGGUCGAAAGUGGGUUCGGAACACCCGCGCUGAUUGAAGGGAUAACCAAAUUCUGCACGAGAACGAGCGGACGGUCAUGUAGAAAAUCUCAAGGACAUACGAGCGGACAGCCGUUGUCGCCACUCCCCUACGUAAUCUCGGACAUUUUCGCUCUCGUGCGCGUGGUACUCGCACGUCGAAAGAAUAUGGAAUCGUGGGAAGACGUUUCUGAUAACAGAGAGAGGCGCGUUUCGUGUAUGCAAACGAGAACGAGGUUUUCGAGGGAUCGACCACUCCCUCUGCAGAAGCGGUCAGAGCCCAAGAGACGAGAGUCACGAUGGGUGUGUCCGAAUCUUAAUUACCCUCUCUCGUAGAGCAGCUGGGGAUAAGUAACGCUACCUACAUAGCGCCCAGGUAUAGAAGCGUAGGAGGCCGGUAGGUAACCGACGCGGUACUGUCCGGCCAGGCAUUAGCCUGAUUAUAAUUAGGCUGAGUACAGUACAGAUCCAAGAUACAAGGUGGUCGAAGGCGGACCGCGCGCGUGCCCUCGUCGUUACAUUAUUACCGCUUUCUUAUCGCGGGACGUCCACUCUCGUGAAAAUCGUAAGUCCUUCGCGCGGUGGCAUUCGUGUGCCGGCAUUCGUUCUCUCUUUCUCUCUCUCUCUCUCUCUCAAUUACGCGACGGGGGGGGAGACCACGUGCCUGGGAUGUUAUAUACUCUGAAAUGAAAGAUGCAUACGCGACGAUAAAUAAAACGUUAACGAGCAAGCGCUUAGCUGUUCCGAGUGGUCGAGUUAAUUACAAUGUCUUAUAUUGUAUAUCGCCGGCCGGCUCGUCGACGAGAGGCGCGUCCCGAAGGCGCAUAUCUUUUACCUCAACGUGGAGCACGAGUCGCGCACGGUUGUGUAAUCGAGCGGAAACGGGGGACGUCAUGCACGUGAAAUUGCGAAAACAAAAAAGGAAAAAAAGAAAUAAAAGGAUCCCGUUCAUUUUGGCAGCGACGCGAACAUCGCUGCGUUAAUUAUCAGCC